UCGUCCAUGAGGAAACCUGUUCGUCCCAUGCAUGGCCUAACUCAGUGAAUUAGUAUGUGCGCGCGGCAUGUGUUGCCGCGCGAGUUGAUUCAGGCCCUGCUAGGUCCACAUCAGACGUGCUGGCGGCUGUUCAGUUGCCGCCAAUCGCCGGGUACCCUUGACGUCGCAGUUCUUCCUGGAGGGCUAGGGUAUGUGAGGCGUCGCUGGUGUGCUGCAGUUUCCUCGUUGUGUUCUGCCACAAGACAUUGCUGCUAAUGUCCUCUUAAGAGGCUGAGACACGCGGAAAGUGUCGACAUUAAACCCUCUAUGGUAUCAAGUGCAUGGCGGUGAGAGUUGCCAGCUACACGAGGGGUCAUACCUCGCAGGCCACUCAGUGGAAGCCAGUCCCAAAGCAACAACCAUUCAGGUGUGUUGUGUUGCGUGGCACAUCCUCCUCAAAGUGUGUACAUGUGACUGUUUCACUCUAGACAGUGUGCGCGUCUCGUCGAAACUCACUCUAGCAAAACACAAACCUGCUUAUUUCAUGUGUCUGUGCUGCUGCUGCUGCUGCUGGACAAUUCUGCGCUUGCUAACGGGAUCCGAAGGAGCAACGCAUCUCCCCUCUCCCUAUCACUGCUGCAGUUCUUGUGUCCACGAGACACUUUGCACACCACGCCUGAUAUGAUAUCUGCUGGUGACGUGUUGGUGACAGAAGAGCUGCGACUUAGUUACUAGUACGCCUUCAGGAGCGACGCGAAAUCAUCUCAGUAAGAUCGCCUUGGUGGCCGAGAAAGGGAAAGGGAGAGGCAGCGACGCAGAGCAGGAAUUAUCCGAGGAAUGGCAGUAGCUGAGGGCGUCACCAGCACCAUGAAGGACCACCACCACAGCAAACCCGCACACCUCCACCUCAAGUCCAUGGCCCGCCCCCGCACCACCAGCUCCAUGUGGGGACUGAAAUUUGAUCCCUUCCAGGUUUUUGAAGUGCAACAUGAGGCCUGUGACGACCUGCAGAUCACAAUCAAGAAAGGAGAAAGAAUCACCAAAGGCAGCACACUCCAGGACCUCAUGGACACACCUGAUCCAUACGUCGUGCUGAGGAUUCCAGGUAGCUCAAACUCCUGCAAGCGCACCAGUCACGUGGACAACUGCACUAAUCCAAUAUGGGAUGAGUCCUUCCACUUCUUCCUUGACCCGUCCAAAGAAUACACACUCCAUGUGAUCCUGAUGGACGCUAACUACACCAUGGACGAGACACUUGGGGAGCAAACCUUCAGCCUCAACUUGCUGAACCUUGACACUCCACAAGACGUCAUCUUCGACUUCCCCAAUGGAAAGGUUCACACUGUCCUCACCCUGCAGAAGAACAAAAACCCAGACCUGAGGUUCUCCCUUGCACUGUGUCACGAGGAGAAAAGCUUCCUUCAGAUCCGUCGCCGUAGAGUUCUGGCAGCCAUGAAGAAACUGCUGGGCCCCAAAGCACCAGAGAAUGAGAAGCAGGUUCCCAUCAUUGGAGUACUGGGAUCUGGUGGGGGCUUCAGGGCCAUGACAUGCCUGAGUGGUGCUGUCAAGGCUUUGCAGGAGACUGGCAUCCUGGACUGUACCACCUACAUCUCCGGUCUCUCUGGCUCAUCCUGGUACAUCUCAACACUGUUUGCCCACGAGAACUUCCCCAACAUCACACACUCCCAGGUGCAGAAGGAGCUAAGGGAUUCUGUCACCAAGGACUGGAAGUGGAAGCUGCUAAACUCCCCAGCAUAUGUGACCAGUAUGGUGGCCAAGUACAAGCAGGGCCAGCCAGUCUCCUUCACUGAUUUCUUUGGCCAUCUACUGGGGGAUGUGCUGCUCAAAGAGAAUAAGAACAAGAAGCUGACAGAGACCCAGCCAAUCCUGCAGAAAGGAAUCAUACCGAUGCCGCUGUACACUUGUCUCCAUGCCAAGAAGAAAGUCUCCUGCAGAUCAUUCUCAGAGUGGGUAGAAUUCUCUCCAUUUGAAAUCGGCAUUGCAAAAUAUGGUACCUUCAUGAAAACCCAAGAUUUUGGAUGCAAGUUUAUUGUUGGCAAGAAAAUCAAACAUUUUGAUGAAUUUCCUCUACACUUUUUGCAAGGUGUGUGGGGGAGUGCCUUCACCAUUCUCAUCAAGAGGCUGGUGAUGGAGGGAGGAAAGAAGGACAUCGUACAGAUCAUGAGAGAUGCACAGAAGGAGGAAAACAUGGAAAAUGGAAACCUGAAGGACACACACAGUUCAGCUGAGAGUUCUGACUCAGAGGACGAAAAAUACAUUGAGGGUCAUGACGACAAGGAAUCAGAGGAGGAGGAGCUGGAGGAGCACAAGAGUACCCGUGCACAGCCUCUUGCGGAGAAUGGCAUCACGCAGCACACCAUCCCUGAGGAGGACAGGCAGAUUCAACCCAAGAGGAAGACUUCAGAAAUUCCCAAGGGCUGUUCUCUUGACCAGGCUGAUGUGGAAGACAAGAAAAUUACUUCAUCCAGAUCAUUUGACAGCCUCUCUAGUGAAAAGGAAGGCAAGACAGAUCAGACAGAUCCCAAAGAUAAAGGGGACAUCAGACCAAGGAUAAAGAAAGCCUCAGCAUUUAGUUUCGACCUUCAGAGCAGGAAAACCUCAAAGGACAGCAGGAAGUUCAGCACAGAGAGUGACCCAGGCGUGACGACAGAAUACCAGAGAGCACAGCACCCACGACUGCAACGGCAGGGCGCCAUCAAGGGCUCCCGGAUAAACAAGGAGGAAGCUGCCCAGCCAACCUCCCCAAGCCAGGACAAGUGGGCCACGAGGAGAAAAACUCUGCGGCGGUCUCGAGUGGAGAAGAAGGCAGGACUCUGGGACGGCCUCAAGCAGAGCAUCAUGACAGGCACCAACAUCCUCAACUCGCGUGCUGGCCGGGCUGGGGAGGUGCUCAACCCUUUCCGCGGCCUGUCCCUGAGGCACUCCUUCCCCAUCUCCCCCUUUGCCACAGAUGUCAUGGGGAAGGACGAGGACCAGGAGGAUGCUGUAGACUCAGACACGGGCUUUGGGGCCAGCUGUCGCUACAAGCCCCUGGACAACAAGGCAAAGAAACUGUUCAUUGUGGACUCUGGCUUGGCUUUCAACUCACCCUACCCACUCCUCUUGCGACCCCAGCGAGCCGUGGACAUCUACCUCUCUUUUGACUUCUCCCAGCGGCCCACAGACAGCUCUCAGCCCUUCAAGGAACUUCUCCUGGCAGAAAAAUGGGCCACACAGAAUAAAGUUCCUUUCCCACCUAUACAGAAGCAGGUGGCACAGUAUGAGGGGCAGGAGGUGAGGGAGUGUUAUGUCUUCAAGCACCCAACAGACCCAUUCUGCCCCGUCAUCCUUCACUUCCCUCUGGUCAACAACAAGUUCAGGGAAUUCAGUGCGCCAGGUGUUCCCAGAGAAACUGAGGAAGAGAAGCAGUUUGGUGACUUCCCCAUCUUUGAUGAUCCCUCCAAUGCAUUCUCCUCAAUGAAUUUUGCAUACGAGGCCAUCCAGUUUGACCGCCUGACCAAGCUGGUAGAAUUUAACACAUUGCUUUGUGUGGACACCAUCAAGAAGGAGCUGGAGGAAGUUGUAGAGAAGAAGAAGCAGUACAUUCCUAAGCUGACCUUCAAGGACGUGGUCAACACCAUGAAGCGAAUGUCCAGCUUCAGCCCUGGGGAGAGGGGCGACAAUGACCUCAGGCUGAAGGUGUCACUGGAGAAUGAGGAGGAACUGAAGAGGAGGACACGGUACUCAUCUGUGCCUGAUCAGGAUGAAAGUGACAACAGUGAUAAUGACUACUCUGAUGCACUGGAGGAGAUUCCUGAUGAAACGACAACAUUGUGAGGUCAGGUGUCACACACUCUAUCAUUGCAUAAAUUACAUUCAUUGUAAGUGAUUCAUACCAUCAUCAUACAUUACAUUCUUUAUUAUUUCAAUACAUCAUUAGAAAUAGUUGUCAUUUAUGGCUUAGUCUUACCCCAGUGAUGCAUGCAGUUCUUACUAGAUGACCAGGAAAGGGUUAAGUUAUUCUGAACUGCAUCAUAACAUAGUCAAGUGGAAGACAGUACAUUAAUAUGGCCUGUAUCCAGUAUUAGUAGUAUAGCCCUAAGAUGUGGUUACCAAUAACUUAUAUUACUGUGGGAGAGAGGGUGCUUAUGUGUCAGCAUUUUAGUGUGAAUAUAUGAAGCCUGGCAAUGUAAGGCUUUGCCUGGGAUGUGAUGACACAUGGGGCUGGAGGCUGACUGACUCCUGGCCAUUGGUGGCUGGGAGGUUCUGUCCUGCUGGGUGGGGGCGUGUGUACCAAGGUAAUGUGAUACAAGAGAGUGACAGCUCUUUUUAUACUUUUAAGUGCAUUAUACUGGAUCAUGGAAGAGAAAACUAUUUCUUUUGUACAUUUAUAAAUUAUGGGAGAUGUUACUGGUGCUCAGGAGAGAUUCAACAAUAUUAAAGUUGAUGACUUGA